GUGUAUUUCACACGUCACAAGGCGAUGAUAAUAAAAAUAAUCUGAGCAAAUUCGAUCACAACUUGAAAACCCGCUGAACGUAAUAUUAACACAAACACGCACUAACACUAGCAUAUAAAAAAAAGUGGUAUGUGUAUAUAUGCGUCCUUGUUGGGUCAGUUAAUCGCCCCCACUUAUGACAACGGUCUGGAAUGCGAACCUGCGUCCUGUCCUGCGGCGGAGGCCGGAGAGUAUCAGGCUGCCACCAGCUACAAAGGAGAUCCUUACACCCUCCGACUGUAGUGAAAAAAUAUUUAAAUAUUAAAAACCUCCCGAACGCCAUUUUGUGCGUAGGUACGCGAUCGACUGUCUAGUUUUUUUGUAUGUGGAUAUUGUGUUGACAUCGGUUCUUUCGUGUAUUUUUGCGUUUUUCAUUCAGUAUUUGUAUCCGAAAAUCUAUCAUAUAACUGACAAGUGAGAUGUGCCACACUUGUAUCAUUAAAUAAAAACAACUACCUUCCAACGGUGUUCUUGUAAUAUUGGUGUCAUACGAGAUAUAGUACAAAGACGGAAUAUAUACAUAUAUUGUUGUAGAUCUGUGCACUUGUCGCGUCCAUUUUGACUUGACCCUAGAACGGUUUAUACGAAACACUCAGAUCACUUUAAAGACAGCGGUCUGUGUUGCGUUUAAUCAUUGUAAAUACAUUCAACCAUGAGCUACCAACCCAGAGGAAGUAUGUAUUAAUUGUGUUCUCUAAUACUAUCUAUUUACUAAUAUGUUUCACUAAUUUAGUGACUGGUAAUAUGGUCAAUCCAAUAAAUGAGCCCAUGGACAUCAAAGAUCCAUCAUUGGUAUGGCAACAAGGUGGUCAAUAUUUACCAGAUUCUGGAAUACAGUCUGGAGGUAGUACUCAGACACAUUCUAUUACAACCAAAGAAGAUGACAUGGAGAGGGACAGACUUCUUUUUGACCUCGAUCAAGGAUUUCCUCAAUCUUUUCCUCAUGAUCAAGUGGAAGGUAUUAAAUUAAAUAACCUGUUAUAGGUAUUAACCCUAAACAAUUUGUUUACAUUUGAAUAACUAACUUAUUGUUAAGUCUUCCACUAAUUUAAUGUCUAAUCUGCUUUUAGCGGAAAGGGAUACUCCCACCUAACCCUAUACCCAACCUAACCUUUCAGACAAACAUUUUUCUUUAAAAAUUAAAAAACCGGACAAAACUAUGGAAAUUAUGUUUGACAGAUUUUAAUUUUUGAAACAGUAUAAUUCUUUAAUUUAUUUACUAGAAUACGUUUAAAAUAUUAUUUUAGUUUUCAUUAUCUUUAUGGUAAGCAAAUGUAAUUAUAAUUAAUUAAAAUACAUUUUUGAAAUUCUUUUCAAUAAUACUAUCAAAUUUUGUAUAUGAUUCCCAGUAAAAUAAUUUAAUUUUUAUUUCCAAUAUAUCCCAGUAAAGAACCUGAAGAUUAAUAAUAAUCUGUUUUUGAAAUUGAAAUACAUCAAAUAAAAUUAUUACAGUUUUAUCUGUCUCUUUUUCUCAAUUGACUAAAAUAUACACUGUCACCCUUAACUGGUAUUAUCACGUUCAGUAAGACUCACAUUUUGUUCUCAAAUUUUCUAUUUUAGAUCACGACUAUCAUUGCAAAAUGCAUUAUAUUCAAUCACUUGGCUUUCAAUAACAAAAUAUAUCUUUCAUUAUAAAUAACUAAUACACGUUUUAAUUUACAAAAGUUAAAAUUAAUUUAAUUUUCAAAUCAUUAAUCACCCAAUAAAACCACUAACACAAAUAAUAAUAUAAGUAAUAUUUGCAGGUAUGAACCAACAUUUAAGCCAGACUUGUGGUGAAAAUUUGGAAGAUGAGGUUGAAAUGCCUGCUCAGUUUAAUGUCAAUAGUACAGCAAAUGUGCAGAAUAUGACUGGGCCAAGUCAAAUGUUGAAAUAUGCUGUUGUAAAUUUGAUAAAUUAUCAAGAUAAUGCUGAACUUGCUACCUGGGCUAUUCCAGAAUUAAUUAAGUUAUUGAACGAUGAAGAUCAAGUUGUUGUAUCACAAGCUGCUGUCAUGGUAUAUCAGCUAUCAAACAGAGAAGCUGCUUUGCAUGCGAUUAUAAACAGUCCUCAAGUACAUCAUAUCAUACCAUAUUAACCUUAAAAUUAUCAAUUUAAAUAUAUAAAUAAAUAAAUAAAAGAAUGUGUCACUUGGUGUAUUAUCUGAUUUUACCUGACAAUGAAUUUUUAAUUCAAACCAGUCGUAUAAUACACAUAUCAUAAUACUCCAGGCAACACAUUUAUUUAUAUAUUUAUUUACGAGUAUUAACUAUUUAAUAAUUUCAUUUUUACUUUACUAUUUUACCAUCAAUUUAAAAUAUUUCUUCAUUUUAUAGAUGAUCGCUACCCUAGUAAAAUCUAUUUCGAACAGCAAUGAUCUUGAAACUACAAUUGGUGCUGUUGGAACAUUAAGAAAUUUAUCUAAUCACCGCCAGGGGCUAUUAGCAAUUUUCAAAAGUGGAGGAAUACCAGCUCUUGUGAAAUUAAUGAGGUUAUUUUGAACACUAUAAUAAUGAAUAUGUAACAAUAUAUAAUAAGUCAACAUUUGUUUUAUUUAUUUAUUUUUUUACGAGUAUAAACCAUUUAAUAAUUUUGUUUUUACUUUAUUUUAGUUUAAUUUGUUAAAUAAUUUUAACUUUUUUUAUAUCCAGUUCUCCAGUGGUAUCCAUUUUACGAGAUGCUGUGAUAACUAUUCAUAAUCUAUUGCUGCAUCAAGAUGGUUCUAAAAUGGCUGUACGUGUUUCUGGUGGUUUGCAAAAAAUGAUAUCUUUAUUAACAUUCAAGUCAAAUAGUCAUUCAAUCACUGUUAAGUUUUUAACAAUUAUCACUGAUUGUCUACACAUAUUAGCUUGUGGAAAUCAGGAAAGCAAAUUAAUAAUAUUGGCCGCCCAAGGACAUGUUGAGCUUGUGCGUAUCAUGCGUUCAUAUAAUUAUGAAAAAUUAUUGUGGCUUACUUGUCGAGUUCUUAAAGGUAUAUAAUAUUGUAACACAAUUAUUUCAUAUUUUAUUUCUUUUCGUUAUAUAUUUAUAGUUCUGUCAGUAUGUUCACGAAACAAACCAGCUAUAGUUGAAGCAGGUGGAAUGCAAGCUUUAGCAAUGCAUCUUCAACAUGAUAGUCAACAACUGGUGUAUAAUGUUUUAUGGACUUUACGAAAUUUAUCAGAUGCUGGAACAAAGGUAAAGAAUAAAAAAUAUGUUUGAGGUUAAUAAUAAUUAAAAAUAAAUUAAAUUUAGAUUAAUACUCAAAUAUUAAUAGAUCAUUGUGUUUUGCAUGUAAACCUAUUCAUAUUUAUAUUUAUUUUUUUAAAUUUGAUGAAAAAUACUAAUAAAUUAAUCCUGCAUUUAUAGCAAGAUGUAUAAUAAUAUAAUCAAGUGAUAUGUAUAAACAUUACAUUGUUUUAGUUUUAAAAGUAGAGUCCUUAUUUUUUUAAUAUAAUAUUUAUCUAUUGAUAAAGUAACAUUAAUUUAAAAACAAAUAUUAUUAUUGAAAGAUUUAAAAGAAGCGCUAUUAUUUUUCAAGAUACUGACCUCCGCUGCAUUGUAAGAGUAAUUCCAAAAAUAAUAAUGAGUAGUAUGAAAAUAAAAAAAAUUAUUUUUAUAUUUUUUCUUCCAGAUAAUAUUAACCUAGUUUCUUGAAUAAAUUAAUAGUGUAAAAUUACCAUACCGCUAGUUAUCUCGUUCCCUGACAAUAAUACUUCUAAAAUUAAUUGAUUUUUUUAUUAUUUGUUAAAAUAUAAAUUUAAGUAUUCCAUUUUAUUUUAAAAUUAGUAUGUACUUAUGUACUUAAAUUUAUACUAAUCUACAGUUUAAUUGUGAUUUUACUGGAAUUUCGCACAAUUCAGUUAAAAAAUGAGGCAUCUCACUGUCUACUUUUUAUUUCUAAAAGGUAGACUUUCACUUGAUUUUUGGUUUAUAAUGUGAUAUUUAAUGUUUUUUUUUUUUUUUUGUCAAUUUAUGGGUUAUCUUGGUGACUCAUAUUUUUUUUUCAAACUCUUAUUUUAUUUGUUGUCAGUAGGAAAGUCCCAUGUUUAAAGAGAUUAGGAAGAUAAAAGAUUCUUCAAUCUUUUACAGUCCUCGUAGGAUCACCGCUGCCUUAAUUACACUUCUCUAUCUGUCUAAACUCCUCUAUUGUUAUUGGCUAGGUACAUUUGACCAUCUUUUAUUUUGAUAAAUAAAAAAUUUAGUUCAACAAUUUAUUGAAUUAUUACGAUUAAUUUACCAUACAUUUAAUUUUUACUAUUUUGGUGGUUUGAGUGACUAUUUUUAUUGUGAAUUGGUGUAUUAAAAUAUAAAUUAAUAAUUAGGCAAAGUUAAAAGACUGCUAUUUUUUUGCAGUUCAUAAAUUAAUAAUUUUAAAAGUGUAUGUGCCAGUUCUAUAUUUUUAUUUUGAGUGAAAUCAUAUUAAAUUAAGAAAUGCACUUAAGAUAUAAAAAAUUGUAUUUAAAAAUUACUUAUAUUUUAGGUUGAUGGACUGGAACAUUUGUUGCAGUCCUUAGUAGGUGCUUUGAGUCAUUCAAAUAUAAAUGUUGUAACUUGUGCUGCGGGAAUUUUAUCAAAUUUGACAUGUAAUAAUCAAAGAAAUAAGUUAACUGUAUGUCAAUUUGGAGGUGUAGAAGCUCUUGUUCGUGCAAUCAUGAGUGCUGGAGAAAAUGAAGAGAUAACUAAACCCGCUGUAAACUACUAAUGUUUUACUGUUUUAAAUUAUUUAAGUAAUUUAACUAAAAUUGUAUAUAAUCUAUUUAAGGUUUGUGCCUUAAGACAUAUAACAUCAGGACAUGCUGAAGUUGAAAAUGCUCAAAAUGCAAUGUGUCGAUCCGGUGGGAUUCAAGUUGUGGCCAAAUUAUUGCAACCAUCAUCUCAUUGGCCUCUUAUUAAAGCUGUAAUUGGUCUAAUAAAAAAUGUAGCUCAAUGUAAAGCAACUCAUGGACUUCUUCGUGAACAUAGUGCCAUACACAGUUUAGUGGGACUUUUAAUGCGUGCUUUCCAAGAUCUUCAAAAUGUGAUUAUUUGAUUAAUUUAUUAUUUAUUAAAAAUAGUCAAAACUUAAUAUAAUGUAAUAAAAUUUAUUUGUAUAGCAUUCAAAUACUAGUGUUAAACCAGAAGGAGUUAGAAUGGAAGAAGUUAUCGAAUGUGUUUUAGGUACUUUACACAUAUUAGCUAAAGAAUCACUAAGUCGACCAAUCAUGCGUUCUCAACAAGGAUUUAUGUCAAUAUUAAUACAGUUGUUGUUUAACAACUUUGAAAAUAUUCAACGUUUGGCGGCCGAUACAUUAAAUGAAUUAGCAGCUGAUAAAGAAGGGGCUGAUAUGAUUGAAGCUGAAGGUGGAACUGCAUCACUUACUGAAUUAUUACAUUGUGGAAAUGAGGCUCUAGGUUAGGAUUUUUUUUUUCAAUCUUCACAAUACAGUGUGUCCCACUAUGUUUGGCGGAUUUUUCUAGCGCUUUUAAUAUUAUAUAUUUUUUUUUUCAAUCUGUUUGUCUUCCACGGAAACAUUGAUUUGGAGAAAAGUUAAAUUUUUAUUUUCAUCCUCCUAAACACAAAAAAAAAUUACUUUUUAUUUAUUUACUUUAGGAAAUAUUCAAAAUAAUUAUUUUGUUAAAAAUAUUAUUCUUAAAAUUUUAAUAUAUCACACAUUCAUAUUCGAUGAAUAAUUCUUAGUUAUAGCCGUUAAUUAGGUGUGAGAACAAUUAAUAUUCAAUAAAAUAACACAUUGUGCAAUAAGAAAUUACAAUCUGCAUUUCUUUACUUUCUAUUAAAUAUCAAUUGAUUUCAUGCCUAUUUUAUAGAAAUUCAAACUGCUAUAAUUAAGAAAUUAUUAAUCUGAUAUGAAUGUAUGAUACAUUAAUAUUUUAAACAUUUUCUUAAGUGAAAAAAAUAAAACAGUUUUUUUUUUUUUUUUUUUUUUUUUUAUUGUCUUUAGGGGAUAACAAUAAAAAUAUAAUUUUUCUCCAAAUUGAUGUCUUCUUUAAAGACAAACCGAUUGGAAAAAAAAAUUUUAAAAAAUUUAAUAUUAACAGCGCAAGAAAAAUCCAUUAAAUACAGUGGGACACAUUGUAUAAGUAUAUUUAUUUUUGUUUUUUAUGAAUCAUUUAAAAUGUCUUAACAUUAUUUCCAAUGUUUUACUACUAUUAAUAUUAUGACUGACCAAAAUUAUUUUAUGUCAGAUUGCAAAUAGUGUAAAUUUGUAUAUUACUUAAUUUAUUUACUAUUUGUUUAUUUUAAUGGUUAUUAUUUUGGAAGUGUAAAUGAACUCAAUGAUUUAAAUUAAAUUAAUUAAAUUUAUUUAGCUACAUGUGCAGCUGCAGUACUAUCAAGGGUUUCUGAACAUAAGUUACAAAAAUGUCUUUCAAUGGAACUGAGUAACUCAUUAUUCAGUGAAGAUCAAAAUUUAUGGCCAUCAGGUGAUCUUGGUAUAGCACCAGACCUGCAGGUAUAUAUUUUUAAAAUCUUUAUAUUUUAUUUGUGUGCGGAAAUUUGAUAAAACAUUUGAUAUGUACAUCUGCAUAGUUUUUUUUUAUGGUCACCGGUUUGGUAAGUUAAGUAAUUUGAUUAGGUGUUUGUUAAUCAUUUUUCAAGCAAGUUUUUAUUAUAUUAUAUCCUGCACUUUAUUUUAUAUUUUAUUAUUAAUACAUCCAUACUAUAGAUUGUUAUUAAUAGUUUUUAUUUUUUUAUAUUAUAGUACAUAGGUUUAAAGUAGUAUUUUUAUGUUUUUAGUUAGGCAUUAUAAAUAUUAGAAAAAUUGCACACCUGUACAUUGUUUGAGCUUUUGUGUGUUUUUUCACUCAACAGGACAUGAUAGGUGCAAACGAGUAUGAUUUAUAUGGUCAAGGAUUGAGCACUGUCUACAGUGGUGUAGGGUCACCAAAACACAGUGCUUCAGGUACACUUUAAAUACAUAAAUGAUUGCUUGAAUAAAUUUUUACAGUAGGUUAUAUUACCUUGCUUAAUUCAUUAAUUUGGUCGCUAUGCUUGGGAUUUUGGUAAGUUAUAAUACUCACAAACUAAAAUUAUUAAUAGUUAUUAUUUAAUUUAUAUAUAUAGUUGUACUAAUAUUUCUUAAAAAAGUAUUCAAAUAACAAUAACUAACAUAAUAAUAUUUAAUAAAUAUACAUUAUUAUUGAACUACAAAACCUUCCUUAUUAAAUUCUAUAGCUUAACAUUUUUGUCUAAAUAAUUAUUUUAAUUUAAUAUGAUUGUAUAACUGAUAAAUUAACAUAACUUAUGAUAGAUAAUUUAAAAUUAAUCCUACAUUUUAUUAUUAUGUGUUAACUAACUACUGAUAUUAAAAUUAUAUAGAACAAUUUAAUAGAUUUAAAAGAAAAUAUUUGUUAAUUUUUCAGGGUAUGACACGCUACCCUUAAACUCAAUGGAAGGAUUAGAAAUUUGUCCUCAACAUGAUUCCAGUUAUGGCUCAAUGGAUGUUGAUUUCGGUCUUCAAAAUGAUUUGACUUCCUUACCACUCGAACUAUAAAAUGUGCAGCAUUUAUUUGAAAUGCAAUUUUUAUUUAUUAAUUAUUUGAAACACUGAUUUAUGUUAUGUAUGUAGUUUUUAUUAUAAUUUGUGUAUGCCAUAAGCCUAUAAGUUAAGAAAUGUAAAAGAUAUGGUUAAAUUGUAUAACUCCAUUUUACAGAUGGUUGUAAUUAAAUUAUUUAAGUUUAAAUCAAUUACUGACUGUUUAUUAUAUAAUUAUUAAAUCGAAACAAUAGUUAGAUAAAAGUAUUUAGUGUAACAUGGAAUCAACUUUUUGUAUGUUAGUGUUUUAUUUACCUAUAAGACUUAUAUUUGACAUAAUUUUAGAUACUGAUCAAAGCAAGAAAUUUAUUAGUUUGAUUAUAUUUUUAUUUUUAUUUUUUUUUUUUGUUUGUAAACAAAACAUUUUUGAACAAAAAUCAUGACUUCAACAAGAUAUCCAGAUGGUUUCUUGUAGAUGAAUUUUUUGAAGUUGGGAAUUGGUGCAUUGGUAACUCAUGUUUUGAUUUUUUUACUUAUCUUAAUAAUGGGAAAAACAAUAUUUAUUCUUUACACAAUAAUAGUUUCUAUUAAAUAAAAUUUAUCUUUUUGUAAUUCAGUGGAAUAUAAUUGUUUAAAUCUAAUUAUUAGUAAUUACAAUACAAUUUAAAAAAUAAUCUUUUUUUUUCUGUGUAGAUUUUUGACCCAUAAACAUUGAAAAAUUUGGUGUAAAAAUCCUUUUAAAUUUUGCUAUUACAAAAUAAUACAAUUUUCAACAGUUGCCUUCUUGAGGGAUCCUUUUUGAGGGAUUUAGAGUAAACAAUUUUCUGUAAUGGACUGGAUUUUGUUUUUUAUUCAUAAAUACUAUAUAUAUUAUACAAUUUGACAUUUUAUGAAUGAAAUGCUUUAAUCGAUUAAUAAUUCUACAUAAUCUUAUGCAUAUAUAUAUAUAAUAGUAUUGAUUUUAUCUUAGCGCUGUAAUAAAUAUUUUAAAACAUAUUCCAAUAGCUUUGGUUUUAUUUUUAAGUUUAACAUAAUAGAUAAAAAAAAUAAUACUGUUAAGGACCAAUUUUAAUGAAAUGAUCUAUUAUAAUUUGUAUUAAUGUACAAUAUAGUUGUAAUUUAAUAUAAUGUGAGAGUACAUUUUAGAUUCUUAACGCAGUAAGGUAUGUAAUGGUUUUACUAUGAUGUGUAAUUUUAAUUUUUUCUAUCUAAGCAACUUUUGUUCUGAUAUUAAAGUGUGGCAUCAUUUCUGAAAUUAAAUUGUAUCUAUUUGGAACUUGGGGAGUAAUUUUUUGAAUUUCCAUGGAGUUUUCAUGAAAAAUUAAGAAAAAAAUAAUAUAUAUUGACAGUAAAAGUUAUUAUUUUACAUUUGGUUGUCUACCAGAAAUAUUGAUCCGAAUUAAUAAGUGUAAGUAGUUUAUUUUAGAACAGUGGGAGUCAGUUUUUAAUUUUACUUUUACUUUCUUGAUUUUUCAGUUGUUAUUUUAUAUAUUACCAACAUUAAUUUUGUGUAGUAUUAAUGAUGAACAUUUUACAUGUAAGCAUGUUUUUAAAGUAAUAAUAAC